AUGCAGUUCACAUUCCCUUUGUUUGUGGUUCAGUCCUCAUUCGUUUGUUUGUGUUUCCGUUCACAGUUUCUUUGUUUUAUGUUCAGUCUACAGUCGAUUUUUUGUGGUUCAAUACACAGCCUCAUUGCCUGUGAUUCAUUUCACAAUCUUUUUUGUAGUUCAUUCCACAGGCACUUUCUUUGUGGUUCAGUUCAUAGUUUCUUUGAAUUUCAGUCCACACAUUUUUUCUCGUUAAGUCAACUUUGUCUUUGUUUCUGUUUCCGUCCACAUUCUCUUUGUAGUUCAGUCCCCAGUCUCUUUGUUCGUGUUUCAAUCCGCAGUUUCAUUUUUAUGGUUCAUUCCACAGUCUCAAUUUUUGUUGUUCAGUCCACAGUCUCUUUUUUGCGGUUCAGUCUACAGUCUCUUUGUGGUUCAUUUCACGGUGUAUUUGUGGUUCAGUCCCUAGUCUCUUUGAUUUUGGUUCAUUUCACAGUCAAUUUUCUGUGUGUAAGUCCAAAAUCUCUUUGUAGUACAGUUCAGAUUUUCUUUGUUUCUGGCUCAGUCUGCCUUCUCUUUGUUUGUGGUUCAGUCCAGAAUCUCUUUGUAGCUCAUCCAGCAGUCUCCCUUUUCGUAUUUCAAUCCAGUCUCAAUCCUUGUGGUUCAGUGCACAGCCUCUUUGUGAUUCCGUCCAUGGUGCCUUUUUUGUGGUUCAGUCCACAGUCUCCUUUUUGUGAUUCCGUCCACAGUCUCUUUUUUGUGGUUCAGUCCCCCUCUCUUUUUUGUGAUUCCGUCCACAGUCUCUUUGUCUGUGGUUCCGUUUGCAAUGUUUUUUCGUCCUAUCUAUCUAUCUAUCUAUCUAUCUAUCUAUCUAUCUAUCUAUCUAUCUAUCUAUCUAUUAUUAUUAUUAUUAUUAUUAUUAUUAUUAUAUUUCAUGGUGUAUGCUCAUUUCAUCCCGAGUCCUGA